AUGGAUAUUCAGAGACUGCCACUGAGAGAUUUGUCAAACAUAAGGUUUUAUAAACAACCAGUAUUACACAAUAAUAAUGAGAAGUUUCAUUUUCAUCUAGAUACGUUGUCAUCUAUUACAACGUUGAUUGGUGAUACUCAUUUUCAAGGUAACUCGAAAGAUUCUGUAUUGCCAACGGAUGUUAAAUUGCAUAACACUACACAAACUUCAAAUAUCUUUAACGAUCACAGUUCUAAUGAGACCUCUAAAAGGACUAGUGAAUUAAAACACACUGACGACAUAUGCAAUAGAUUAAAGAUCAGAUUGCAAUUUGCAUUUUAUAAGUAUCAAACAAAUCAAAUUGAUAAAAAAUUUACAGACAUAAAGAAAAGCUUAGCAAACACUUCAGCAACUUAUCCAGAUGACUGCGAUUUCCAACUAUUGAUAGAGACCCCAAGUAAAAAAAGAAAUCAUGAUAAUAUGGGUAAAAUUUCGAAGAAAAAACAUAAUGGAAAAAGAAAGUUGAUGAUGUCUAGUGGAAAUUUUUUUAUAUCACAUGGAAAGAAGGAUACCCAAGGUUCUACUAUAGAAAAACACCAUUCCAAAUACUCGAGUCAACCAAAUGAUUCAUCCAUAAAUUCAAUUGCGUCCGAUAAUGACACAAAGGAUUGUAAAAAUAUCACAGGUGACACGACUAUUUUCACAACACCGUCAUCAAAAACUCAUACUUUCCCAAAUAAUAACGUCUCAUCUUCUUCUGUCAAAAACAAGCAAGAAACCCCGAUGAGUGUCAAAGCUGCAAAAUCAUUGAUAUCAUUGUUUACAAGCAAUAGAAACUAG